AUGAACUUUGAUGCUUACAAGGCUGCAUUAUCAGGGGAUGAGGGACAAGACAAAGCGGAUACAGGUGUUGAGAAAGACCAUAGCAUUCGGACAUAUAAUUCCAAAUUCGAAGAGAUCAAAGAAAUUCGACAGGAUGGCGAAAUUACCACGGUUAUUCGAUCUCUAAACCAGUAUAAGCAGAAUGCUGCGAAUCAACGGCGGUUCGGAAAAUUCUCUCUACUCCUCCACCGCAUAGUUAGCAAUAACAAUACACAAAAUCCUAUCUUGCAGCUCGAAAUCCAAUCUGAUAUCUUACGCAACGAGUUCCGCCGGCUCGCAUCACAUUUCACAAGCAUCAAUCUCUAUAAGAAUCCAAUCGUCAUACAUGAACCGUUUCGGGAGAUAUAUCACUGCAAGGAUCAAAUCCAAGAUGCAUUACAUAAGGCUUCAACGGAAACACGUCAAGAGCUCCAACUCUUGGUUGAUUUCCAGAUCUGGUACAUGUCCCACACUAUUGAGACGAUAAGGUCGUUUAUAGAGAGCAGGACUAUCGACUUUGAAUGGCUCUGGAGUUUAUUCAAACCUGGCUCACAUAUCAUUAUUCAAGAGGCCAGAUCAUCAUACGCACCGAUAGAAUGGUGUACUGUUUUGAAGUCAUACGAUACUAGUGUCCAAGACGGCACUGGGCGAUGGUCAAUCUGUGUGACACACACAGGUUUCAAUGGGGAAACUUUUGGAAAUGUUGAGUCCACCUUCACAUUCCCUUCGUUUUCUGGUACUCUCCCCAUCUCGCAACUACCUGCCUAUCCAUUACAGUUCCACAAAAGUCAGGAAAGUCUCAAGGAUAUGAUAGUCGAUCGAGGGAAAAUGUAUCAGCAAUACUGCAUCGCUAGUAGGAAAGGAUUACAAUCGCCAAUUGGAAGCUCGAUGGCAUAUGAGGGUCCUUUUUGGAAAGUUUCCACCGAGGAUGACGACCCCCGGGGCUUUCAGAUGAUCAAAUCCCCUUCAUAUAAUACACAAGGCAGAGUCGUUGUUGAUGUUGAUGGUUUCUUCAACUGCUAUCCCCGAUUCAGGGACACUCUAAUUACGGAAUCAAACGAAAAUGACAUAAGUAAUGAUGCAAAUGAUUCUAUCGAUUCCGCUACUCUAAUACAGGAAUCCUUAUCCACAGAACAACUGUUGACCUGUUCACCGUUCGUCCCGGUAUUCUCUUUUACGACUCAUGAAUGGGGUCUUGUUCCUAUAAAUGGUUUAGACAACAUCAUUUGGGAUACUGUUGUCUAUGAUAAGCUCGAAGUAAAGGAGGAUGUGAAAAACAUAUUGCGCGUCCUUGUUAAUGGGCAUUCCAACCACUCACCUAAUUUUGAUGAUUUCGUCCAGGGGAAAGGGCGUGGGUUGGUCCUCCUUCUUCAUGGGCCCCCGGGUUGUGGAAAGACUAUGACAGCCGAAAGCAUCGCCGAAUCACUCAAGAAGUUACUCUAUAGAGUGAGUAGCGAUAAACUUGGUACAUCAAUUCACGAAAUGCAUAGACGAUUAGAGUCAACAUUUGACUUGGCUGCCCGCUGGGGCGCAAUCUUACUUCUCGAUGAGGUUGAUGCUUUCCUAGCGCAGCGCCAUGGUGAGAUCGCUGAGAAAAAUUCUUUACUCCCAGGUCAGACAUCCAUAGACUUUUGUGCUCAAUCCCUUAUCACUUAACAUACCUCCAUUUUGCUAAUUAUACUUUCUUGAAGUAUUCUUACGGCUUUUGGAAUAUCAGACUGGGGUCUUGUUCCUAACAACCAAUCGAGUCAUGGACAUUGACAGCUCCUUACACUCCCGAAUUCACAUAUCUAUUUCAUACGAGGAGCUCACAUAUAAACAAAGGGGGUCAAUAUGGGCAAAUCUCGCGAACGAAAGGUGUGGAUGCGUUCUUUCUGAUAAGCAAGUAUUGCUACUCAGUCAACUACCUUUGGAUGGUAGGGCGAUUAAGAAUAUCCUGAGACUUGCCUCCUUGCACUCUACUACACACAGUGAGAAUGGAUAUAAUACUCAGUUCUCUGAUAUAAAAGCGGUAUUGCCCUUUGCUAUUAGAGAUAUCGGCGAUGAGAGUACAGGGGUGGGCCAACAAAGC